AAACCCCUGUAUUAAAUGUCCCCACCAAUAUACCAACACCCGUUAAAUUCCAACGCCCCAGACCAUCCCCACACCAUCGCCCCGACUCGAACACGGGGCGAAAAUUCCUUCGAGUCCUCUCAGAUCUCGCUUCUGGAAGCUUCCGCGCCGGCGCGGGUGACGACCACGAAGCCCGCUCCCAUGGAGAACGGCGCCGCGGCCGGCGUCGGUGGGGGCAACCGCCGACGCGGCGGCCGGUGGCGGUAUGCGGCCGCGGGUGCCCUCCUCGUGGCCCUCCUCGCCGUGGCCGUGAGCUCCCGCAGCUUCCCGGGCGCCCCCUCCUCUUCGCCAGGAGGCUGCGGCUGCCCUGCUGCGAGGAAGUACACGGGGAUGGUGGAGGACUGCUGCUGCGACUAUGAGACUGUGGACUCUAUCAAUGAGGAGGUCCUGCAUCCGACCCUGCAGGAACUCGUCAAGUUACCCUUCUUCAGGUACUUCAAGGUUAAAUUGUGGUGUGACUGCCCUUUUUGGCCUGAUGAUGGAAUGUGCCGGCUUAGAGACUGUAGUGUCUGUGAGUGCCCAGAUAAUGAGUUCCCUGAACCAUUCAAGAAGCCUUACAAUGGACUUUCUCCAGAUAGUAUGAUAUGUCAAGAAGGAAAACCACAGGCUGCUGUUGAUAAAACCCUUGACACCAAGGUUUUCAAAGGAUGGGUUGAAACUGACAAUCCAUGGACAUCUGAUGACGAGACUGAUAAUAAUGAGAUGACUUACGUGAAUCUUCAACUGAAUCCUGAACGAUACACUGGCUAUACUGGUGAUUCAGCGAGAAGGAUAUGGGACUCUAUUUACAAAGAAAACUGCCCAAAAUAUCCCUCAGAAGAACUGUGUCAUGAGAAGAAGGCAUUGUACAAGCUUAUUUCAGGGUUGCACUCCUCAAUUUCAGUGCAUAUUGCUUACGAUUAUCUUCUUGAUGAAUCUACUAACUUGUGGGGACAAAACCUUCCUUUGCUGUAUGACCGUGUCCUGAAGUACCCAGAGCGUGUCCAAAAUCUGUACUUCACCUACCUGUUUGUUCUUCGAGCAGUGACAAAGGCAGCAGAUUAUCUUGAGCAGGCUGAGUACAAUACUGGCAAUCCUGAAGACGAUUUGAAAACACAAUCUCUUGUGAAGCAAUUGCUUUACCAUCCCAAGUUGAGAUCUGCAUGCCCAAAACCUUUUGAUGAAGCGAAACUCUGGCAAGGCGAGAAUGGUCCUGAGCUAAAGCAAGAGAUUCAGAAGCAAUUUAGAAACAUUAGUGCAAUUAUGGACUGCGUUGGCUGCGAGAAGUGCCGACUAUGGGGAAAGCUCCAAGUUCUUGGUCUCGGAACUGCACUGAAAAUUCUUUUCUCCGUUGAUGGAGAUAACAUUUUGAAUCAGCCAUUGCAGCUGCAGAGAAAUGAGGUCAUUGCACUGUUCAAUCUUCUGAAUAGGCUGUCAGAAUCUGUGAAGUUUGUACAUGAAAAAGGAUCAUCAAUUGAAGAAGUCAUUAAGGAGCAGAGCCCUCCAACUGUUCAAAAGGGUGCUUCCAAGCCGAAUCUUAAACUGGACUUCCUCUGAGAUGUAGGAGUGUAAUUUGUAGUUAAAUGCACAUGCCGGCCAUGUACCCAAAGAGCAACAUGUACAUGUUGGAAGCAGUUUCCUAUGUGGUUCUGCUGCAGCCCUAUACAAGGCAAUGAGAUACAGACCCUUGGGAGCUAAAUACAAUGACAGAGUUAACCCAGUUUUUCUCUUCCAUUUUGGUGGGCUCCGGCCCUUAAAUUUUUCCAUGUAUAGUUUGCCUCAUCUGUUGUAAGGAUCUCACCGUCUUUGCAUUCACCAUGAUGAAAAGAAGAUAACCCGACAUACACUUGUCACUUCUGUUGAA